UUAAAAUUGUGCUUUGUUAUGUUACUGCACCUAUGUAAUUGUUUAAAAAAAAAAUUAAAUAAAUGUUUAUGCCAUAUGAACUUUGCUAACCCCAUCGCCAUCAGCCACCGUCAGAAAGACAAGCUUGUCAUGGGUGGUCCUAGUAGCAGAAAGUCCCUCCUUUGCCUUAACUUGGCCACCGCCCAUUUUUCCCACUCUCAAGUCAUCAACUCCAUGAGCGACUCAACAUCCCUCCACUUGCUCGGCGAAUUCAACUCAAUCAACACUGAGCAAGGGGACACAGAGCAAUGAAAACGGUGGGAAAACAAUGUUUGAAGAUAGAAUAGACAAUUUUAAAUGUC